AUGGGGAGUGGAGGCCUGGGGUGCCUGGAAGAAGAGAGGAAUGCACUGCUCAGCAUCAAGGCCGCCUUCAACAGCCCGAGCGCGUCUCCCCUUUCAUCAUGGCGUGACGACAACGGCAACAACUGUUGUGGCUGGGAAGGCGUGGUGUGCGACAAAACCACUUCGCGAGUGGCUUGGCUAUAUUUGAAUAAUACACGGGAUUUCGACUCGGGAGCUUGGGUUGUUAACGCCUCUUUAUUCCUUCCUCUGAAGGAACUUCAAGUGCCGGAUUUAAGUGGAAAUUCUCUAUUGGGUCCAAAUUUGGAGGUGUUGGAUCUUUCGGGUAACAAUUUGGCCAAUGAUGCCCUCCUGGACAUUGUGAGGAUAACAUCUCUUAAGGCCUUAGACAUCGAGUUUGGUGGAUUGAGUGCUUCGAAGUUAUUGGAAGGCUUGUGCGAAUUAAGGAACCUUGAGGACUUGCAAAUUAUUGGUAAUGGGGUUUGGGGUCCUCUUCCUUUGUGCUCAUGCAAUAUGACCUCACUUCGUGCACUUGAUGUUCAAUAUAACAAUUUUAGCGGGGCCAUUCCUUUGUGUCUCCUCAAUAAUCUCAAGUCACUUGAAUAUAUUGCCUUAUCUGGAAAUGCUUUUGAAGGCUCACUUUCGCUUGCUUCCCUGGUUAAUAAUUCUAACCUUGAGGUAUUCCACCUUGUCGACAACCGUUAUCAUCUAGAAGUAAAUACAGAAGACCCCACUUGGUUUCCUUCAUUUCAACUGAAGGUAUUUAGUUUAUCGAAUUGUGUGCUCAACAAAGAUGCAAAUGGCGUAAUUCCCAGUUUUCUGAAGAGACAGUAUGACUUGAGAGGUGUUCAACCCAACCACAAUGGAAUGACAGGAAAUUUCCCGAACUGGCUACUAGACAACAAUGUAAAUUUGGAAUGGUUGGAACUCAUAGGCAAUGAAUUGUCAAGUGCUUUUCAGUUGCCUUCUAAUUUGAGUCUUGCCAACAUGUGGUUGUUUGAUGUGUCUGCUAAUUUAAUUGAAGGAGAGCUUCCAUCUUCGAUUGGUUUUAUGCUCCCGAGUUUGGAAUAUUUGAAUUUUUCAAACAACUUACUAAGUGGUGGAAUCCCUCCCUCAAUGGGCAAUAUGCAACUUCUAGAAUCAUUGGACUUGUCGAAUAAUAGUUUCACUGGAGAGAUACAAGAGACAUUGGCUAAAGAUUGUACGUCACUUGAUACUUUGAAAUUGUCACACAACAAUUUGCAAGGCCAAAUGCUACCGAGAGGGGACAUAUCGCCUGGUAUCUUAAAUAGCUCCAUCUUGACGGUUUUGGAUGCUCUGGCUCUAGCUCCGGCUUUGGUUUUGGCUCUAGCUCCGGCUCUGGCUCUCUUGGCUCUCGCUCGGGCUCUGGCCUUUGAUUCUGGCUCUGGCUCCAGCUCUGGCUCUGUUGGCUCUCGCUCGGGCUCUGGUCUUUUUAGUUGA